AUGUGUAUAACAAUAACUAAACGGUUACUAAUACUAUCACACGCAUUUGCACCUACGUAUGUAAAACUGCCCACAGUGCAGGUCAACCGUAAGAUCCGGUACCUGCGCCCUGCAGGUACCGGAUCUUACACGGGCGGGUGUAUUGGUGCCCUGGACGCACUCCUACUGGCCAUCAAUUUGGAAGUAAUGCUGCUUCAAAUGAAGAUUAUAGAAAGAAGCGCUGAGCGAAGGUUACCCGAAAGUGGACAGGAAAACAAAAGGGAAAAACAGGUGCGAGAAAAGCUUUCGAAAGACCGACAUAUUUUGAAGGAAGUCAUUAUAAGAACCCUCGCAGAGCUAGCAGAAGGCGGGGAAUGGUAUACCUUGAAGAAAGCAGUCAACAUGUUCGAAAAAAAUGCUGGCUCGCUGAUCACACUCCGAACACAGAAUCAAAAACUAAAAAUGUCAUUGGACUCGAUGAACAGAGAAUUGCAAGAAAAUCGUCAAAAGCGAGUGCUCGAAAUACGCAGUUGUGACUUCAAAGUAGCUUCUCUUCGCGAUAGUAUAAAGGACACCUUACUCAACGCGCGAAUUCAGUUCGACUACACCGAGAGGUGGCUAUGCGCCCGUGCCGAGUCGGUCGAUCUGCAAUUUCAAGUAGCGCCCGCUGCCCCGGCGCCGAAGCCUGAGCACGAGAAUUGCGUACAUGAUGAGUUACUACGAGCUUACAUGUUGCAAAUCAAGGAACGCGAAGAUCUGCUGCAGUAUUGGAAACAACGAUACGCAGCCGACACAGCUGACAUAGACGUGCGGUUACGUGACCAAUAUGAGAGACUUCGGGUCACAGCUGCUCGUCGUGAGGAAAUGGAAAAAUUGUACAAAUUACACGAAGGCGAAAUGCGCGCGUGGUUGACGUUCAAGAAAGAGCGCGCGGCACGUCUUGCGCGCGAGGCACGAUUGCGGAAUGCUGCAACGCGCAUUCAAGCUUGGUGGCGCGGUGUUAUGGUACGCCGAGCCUUAGGAAGCUUCCGUUAUUUACGGAACCUCAAGAAGAUUGGAUCGAAGACAAAGAAGAAGUAG